AUGGCGGCGGGGAACGAGUUCUUCAUGGACCUGGAGCUGGCGGCGGCGAUGGACAGGGCGGUCGCCGGGAACUACAACUACUUCAACCUCGCGAGCUCUGGCCUUGGCGGUGGUGUUUCCGCCGCCCAGUUCUUCCCCAUCAACCCUGCUGCUCAAGCCCACGCCGGAUCUGCCGCUCAUGGUGGCCACGGCGCCAUGGCUGCUCCCGCGACCUUCGGCUUCGGCUUCGGUGGCGGCGCUCUCCCCGUGGCGGCCGUGGCUGCGCCGGCCCCGCCCCUGCCCCCGCCGGCGGCCGCCGAGGAUGUGGAGCAGCUCAAGGGAACCUGGACCAAGGAAGAAGACGACAUGCUCAAGGCCGCCGUCAAUCAGCACGGCGAGCGGAAGUGGGCGCUGAUCGCGAAGCACCUCCCUGGACGGAUCGGGAAGCAGUGUCGGGAGAGGUGGAUCAACCACCUGCACCCAGACAUCAAGAAGGACCCGUGGUCCGAGGCAGAGGACCUGGAGCUGGUGAAUGCGCACAAGAUAUGCGGGAACAAGUGGUCGGUGAUCGCGAGGCGGCUCCCGGGCCGGUCCGAGAACAACGUGAAGAACCACUGGAAUGCCACCCGGCGCGGCCUCAAUGCCAAGCGCAGCCUCAAGAAGCGAAGCAGCGAGCGGCAGCCUGCACCCGGCAGGCUGUCCUACCUGGCCCACUACAUCAAAACCAUCCACCCUCCACCGCCAUCCUCCACUGCCGCUUCGCUCUCCCCACCGCCUCCGCCCGAGCAAGAGAACGAAGAGCAGCAGCUGCAAGCGCCGCAGGUCGACGCCGUGGAAGAAGAGCAGGACCCGGCAGCGGGCAAUGGCGAGAACAGCGGUAGUCCUACAGGAAUGCUUGGGGAUGAGUUCUCCUACUACUUCACUCACAUGCAGGUGCCGCAGCAGCAGGUGCAGCAGAGGCAGAUGAUGAACUACAACAUUAGCUACAACAACGUGUACCCGCUGCUCACCGCUGAAGACUACCAGAUGGGCCUCAACAGAACGUAUGCACAGCAGCAGGUGGCACAGGACCGUGGGUCGUCCUCCAACAAUGCAAGACUUGAUGGUGUGCUGAUGGGCAACAAUGCAGUCGGCGGAGGAGGAUUUAGCAGCUAUGGCUAUGGCGGAGGAGUUGGCCCCAGCAGCGUUGCCGGCCAGGAGGUCAAUGUGGCGCAGUUCGCGGCGGAGCCCGGCCAGUAUCAGGUGUUCAACCUGGAGGACCACCUGACGAGGUUCCCUUCAAUCUGA